CUGAUGCCGUUGGAGCAUCGGAGUUGCUGUUCAGUUUGAGUUACACCAUCGGACGGGUCACACGGUGGCUCACUGGAUUUGCUGCUGCUGCUACUGCUGCUGCUGACGCUGGACAGACUACAGGCGCAGAUUGAUUUCCGAAUACUAAACCUUCAUCACGCAGAAAUACAAUUGUGCCAAGUGUGAAAGUAAAAGUGUGCGCAGGACGGAAUUCACCGUCUAAAGUGCUACAAAACAACAGAAGGUGUUUUGUUUUUUUGUUUGUUGGGGACACAUGUGCCGGGUGGGACUUGCGAAGGGAACUAAGUACGGUGCAAGUGAUCGUGCGUGUAGAUCGACGAGAAAGUAGCAGUGUGCGCGUGCGUGUGUGUUCAAAAAACGUUCAAGAAGCUUUACGGGUUAGCCGAGACCUGACCACAGAGACUACGGUGGACAAUGUCAAUGGAGUAGCACGGCCCGCAACAUUAUCAAUCCCACUAGACUGCUGCUGCUGCUGCUGCUGCUACUACUAGUACUACGCGAGGAUCGUGCCGAGGAUCGGUGCUCAACAAUUGAAUUGUGAUAUCAUUAUCUGAUCGACGGAAAGCUUCCUCGCUCUCGAUCGGGUUUUCCCUGCGCUGGUGCUCCGAGCAUGGGCAAAACGGCUUACACCAUUAACGGGUCGGCCAGCAACGGGUCGGCACGGGGUGAGCAAAAGGUGCGACAAACCGACGAGAAGAUGGCACCGCAGCACACCGAGGACGGCAAGGAGCGGCAGGAGGUGAGCACGUUUCGUCGCAUCCUACCACAGAUAUUGGCCAGUACGGCCAAAAACUUCCUGCUGCUUGAUCUCGGUAUGGCGGUCGCAUUUCCGACGAUCGUCAUUCCGGCCCUGCGAGGCAUAAAAAAUCGUGCCCCGGACGAGUUCCUGCACUUUACGCCCCAGCAAGCGUCGUGGUUUGGAAGCAUUGCCUACAUCUGUCAACCGGUGGGAAGUGUCCUGUCCGGGAUCAUCCUAGAACCGCUCGGCCGCAAGCGCUCGAUGAUUCUAGUCAACAUUCCGCACAUAAUCGGAUGGUUUAUGCUGCACUUUGCCGUAUCGCUCGAGGAAAUGUACACGGCGGCGAUCCUGCUCGGAUUGGGCGUCGGGUUUAUGGAGGCUCCGAUCGUGACCUACGUUGGAGAGAUCUGUCAACCUUCGAUCCGCGGAAUACUAACAUCCUGUGCCGGAGUCGCUGUGAUGCUGGGAUUCUUCAUGGUGUAUCUUCUAGGCACCGUUACCACGUGGCGCACAACGGCGGCCAUUUGUGCCUCCAUUCCCAUCGCCACCAUGAUUGCGAUCUGCUUCGUGCCGGAAACUCCGAUGUGGCUGCUGUCCAAGAACCGGGCCGACGAUGCACUCAAGUCCCUGCAAUGGCUGCGUGGCUGGGUAUCGCCGAAAGCCGUCGAGCAGGAGUUCCAGGAGAUGAAACGCUACAGCCUGCACUCGGCAAAGUGUGCGAUCUGCGAGAAAAGUGGAGCCACCACCUGCCAACAUCCUCCGCUGACCGAGUGGACCAAGUUGAAGGAACUUACGCGCAAGAGAAACCUGCGCCCAUUCGUGCUUGUGAUGCUGUUUUUCGUGUUCGGUCAGCUGAGCGGAUUGACCGGCAUGCGGCCGUAUCUGGUGCAGAUCUUCCAGGCGUACGGUGUACCGCUGGACGCCAACUGGGCUACCGUUUCGACCGGACUGCUGGGACUGAUCGCCAACAUUGUGUGCAUGGUCAGCAUUAAGUUCGUGGGCAAACGAAGGCUCGCCAUUACGUCGAUGACCGUCACUGCCUUGUCCUGCAUUUCUUUGUCGAUCUAUGCGUUCAACACGUUCCCACCGGGAUGGACCUCGUUCGACAACCACCCGGGCACGAGCCACGUCACAUCGUUGGGUUACAUUCCGAUGGUGCUCUUCUUCAUGCUGGCAUUCUUCACCAGCGUUGGCGUACUGCCCGUGCCCUGGAUUUUACUCAGCGAAGUCUUUCCAUUCAGAAAUCGAAGCCUGGCGUGUGGCAUUACGGCCGCCCUUCACUAUGUCAUGUCGUUUGUGACGACGAAAACGUACUUCAACCUCGAGAGUGCCUUCUCACUGCCCGGGGUGAUCCUGUUCUACGGCGUUAUGGGCCUGAUCGGACUCGGCUUUGUGUAUUUCUUCCUGCCCGAAACGGAAAAACGAACCCUGGAAGACAUCGAGCUGUACUUCUCCGACAACAAGCGCAAACUGACCGACAUCUACAUUCCACGGCGAAACCGCGACGAAGAAAUGGUUGCCGUCGUGUCGAAGCUGGCCGAGAAGCAGGGCAUGGAAAAGCAGGGCAUCGACAACGCCGUCUUUACGGAGGGCGAUAAAUAACCGUAAAGAACCUCCUGAGCCUGAUACUGUGUUAGCUUUAUAAGACUUAAUUUUAUUUCUUAGACAGUCGUUAAGACGCAAACCGAAAAGAAGUCGGAAAUCAGACUGGAAUCGUGUGAGGCCACUUCCGUCGUCGCCGCCGCCGCCACCACUCACUCACUCUUCAAGCCCAUUUAUCUGUGUAUGCGUGUGUGAGUGUAUGCCAUAAAGAACAAAUAAACUGUAGAUUACUCUC